CAGACUGAGACGGAGCUGGCACCGAGCGGCGAUACGGGGGGAGCUGUAACACCACGGAGGAGGAGAAAAAAAAAGAAAAAAAGGCGAUUACACCCCAAAUACCAGCGGGUUCUUGAUCGCAAUUGUUUAGGUGUAUCUGGGGAGGGAGAAAAAAAGGCAAGUUUUUGGGGGGUGGUAGUUUUGGGGGUCGAGGGGCUAAAAUUAGGAGCGGGCGGUCGAGGAUAGCAGUCUAUUUUUCCAACAACCAACUCCCCAGAUGAACUCCGUCAGAGCCACCAACAGGAGACCCCGGCGAGUGUCGAGGCCGCGCCCGGUGCAGCCCGAACGCAACAACGGGGAUAGAGAUGAGGAGGCUCCUGCAGCAGCCGCAGCAGAGAUGGCUAUUGAGGAGUCCGGUCCAGGAGCUCAGAACAGUCCCUACCAGCUUCGACGCAAGACCCUGCUUCCCAAGAGAACCGCUGCUGCCUCUGCCGCCGCCUCUGCCUGCCCCAGCAAGGGCCCAAUGGAGGGAGCUUCCACUUCAUCAACAGAAGCCUUUGGCCAUCGAGCCAAGCGGGCACGAGUGUCCGGUAAGAGCCACGACCUGCCAGCAGCCCCAGCAGAGCAAUAUCUGCAGCAGAAGCUUCCAGAUGAGGUUGUUUUGAAGAUCUUCUCCUACUUACUGGAACAGGACCUCUGUCAGGCAGCUUGUGUCUGCAAGAGAUUCAGCCAGCUAGCCAACGACCCUAUCCUAUGGAAGCGUCUAUACAUGGAAGUGUUUGAGUACACGCGUCCCAUGAUGCACCCUGAGCCGGGCAGGUUCUACCAAGUCAGCCCAGAGGAGCAUGAACACCCAAACCCCUGGAAGGAGAGCUUUCAACAGCUGUACAAAGGUGCCCACGUAAAACCAGGCUUCGCCGAGCAUUUCUACAGUAACCCCGGCAGAUACAAAGGCAGGGAGAAUAUGCUGUAUUAUGACACCAUUGAAGAUGCGUUGGGUGGAGUGCAAGAAGCCCACUUUGACGGUCUAAUCUUUGUCCACUCUGGCAUCUAUACAGACGAGUGGAUUUAUAUAGAGUCCCCCAUCACCAUGAUUGGUGCAGCUCCGGGUAAAGUAGCUGAUAAGGUGGUGAUCGAGAAUACUAGAGACUCAACAUUUGUCUUCAUGGAGGGCUCAGAGGACGCCUAUGUGGGAUACAUGACCAUCAAGUUUAAUCCUGAUGAUAAGUCAGCACAGCACCAUAACGCCCACCACUGUCUGGAGAUCACAGUCAACUGCAGCCCCAACAUCGACCACUGCAUCAUCCGCUCCACGUGCACAGUGGGUUCAGCUGUUUGUGUGAGCGGUCAGGGAGCGUGCCCAACCAUCAAACACUGCAACAUCAGCGACUGUGAGAACGUAGGACUGUACAUUACAGACCACGCACAGGGCAUUUACGAAGACAAUGAAAUCAGCAACAAUGCGCUAGCGGGAAUUUGGGUGAAAAACCACGGCAACCCCAUCAUUAGACGUAACCACAUCCACCACGGGCGAGAUGUUGGAGUAUUCACUUUUGAUCACGGCAUGGGUUACUUUGAAAAUUGUAACAUCCAUAGAAACCGUAUAGCAGGUUUUGAGGUGAAGGCUUACGCCAACCCCACAGUGGUGCGUUGCGAGAUCCACCACGGCCAGACGGGAGGCAUCUACGUGCACGAGAAGGGGCGGGGGCAGUUUAUAGAGAACAAAAUCUAUGCCAAUAACUUCGCCGGUGUGUGGAUCACAUCCAACAGUGACCCAACGAUACGGGGAAACGCUAUAUUCAACGGUAACCAAGGAGGGGUGUACAUAUUCGGGGAUGGGCGGGGUUUGAUAGAGAGUAACGAUAUCUACGGUAAUGCCUUGGCGGGAAUCCAGAUCAGAACCAACAGUUGCCCCAUUGUACGACACAACAAGAUCCACGAUGGACAGCACGGGGGCAUCUAUGUGCACGAGAAAGGCCAGGGGGUGAUCGAGGAGAACGAGGUUUACAGCAACACACUGGCUGGGGUCUGGGUGACCACAGGCAGCACUCCCGUCCUCCGCAAGAACCGCAUUCACAGCGGCAAACAGGUUGGUGUAUAUUUCUAUGACAACGGGCAUGGCGUGUUGGAAGACAAUGACAUCUACAAUCACAUGUACUCUGGUGUACAAAUAAGGACGGGGAGUAACCCAAAGAUCCGGCGCAACAAGAUAUGGGGAGGCCAGAAUGGAGGGAUUCUAGUCUACAACUCAGGUCUGGGUUUCAUCGAGGACAAUGAAAUCUUUGACAACGCCAUGGCCGGAGUGUGGAUCAAAACCGACAGCAACCCCACACUGAGACGAAACAAGAUCCACGACGGCAGAGACGGAGGCAUCUGCAUUUUCAACGGAGGCAGAGGUCUGCUGGAGGAGAACGACAUCUUCAGGAACGCUCAGGCCGGCGUGCUGAUCAGCACUAACAGCCACCCAAUACUCCGCAAGAACCGCAUUUUCGACGGCUUUGCUGCAGGUAUUGAAAUCACUAACCACGCCACAGCGACUUUGGAGGGCAACCAGAUCUUCAACAAUCGCUUUGGAGGACUGUUUCUCGCCUCGGGGGUCAAUGUUACCAUGAAAGAUAAUAAGAUUCUGAAUAACCAGGAUGCCAUUGAGAAGGCUGUGAGCAGAGGACAGUGUCUCUAUAAGAUCUCCAGCUACACCAGUUACCCCAUGCAUGACUUCUACAGGUGUCACACCUGUAAUACAACCGAUAGGAACGCCAUCUGUGUUAACUGCAUUAAAAAAUGCCACCAAGGGCACGACGUAGAGUUUAUACGGCACGAUCGGUUUUUCUGUGACUGUGGAGCGGGAACGUUGUCCAACCCGUGCACGCUGGCCGGAGAGCCCACACACGACACAGACACUCUGUAUGACUCAGCGCCGCCCAUCGAGUCCAACACGCUGCAACAUAACUGAAGGCAUCCAGUCGAGUUACACUCUCACACAUAACCAUACAAAACACAUUACAUUGCACAUAGCCAUACAAACACAAACACACACCCACACACAGGCACAGUGACAUACACACAUCCAUUUGGAGCCAUAAGGACCCAGAGAGACUCUGUGAUUGCGGCGCUCUCAGACGGGAUCGAGGUGAAAGAGGCUGCAGAGGAAGCAGCUUCCUGCCCGCUGCAGUCAGACGCGCUGCAGCGGCAGCAGACUCCACUAGAGGGAGCAGUGGAGCAAAGAGUAGACUGACAGAACGGCCACAAGAGAUUCCUCACUCGAGUAUUUCUUAUUGCAGUCUGUAGACAAAGAGAAGGGAAGAGAAGGGCUCUGAAGAGGGGCUGUCAAUGGCGGCAGCACGUGAAGACCCCCCCCCCCCCCCCCUCCCCACACACACACACCUCCCACCACCCCGGUGUUAAUUCUCAGCUCCCGGCCCACUUCCUCGUCUUCUUCUUCUUCUUCUUCUUCUUCACAAGAACUGCUGUCAAAGAGACUUCCUGCUUCCUCACAGCUGCCAUCCCCAUUGGCUGCCCAGGCAGUUGUAACUAGGCAACAUAUGGGCGGAUGUUGCUCUGUUGUGUGUGGAUAAAGAGCAAGAUUGUGUGUGUGAUGGAGCACUUGGGCUUUUUUUUUUUUU